GUUGGCAUCCCGGGCGCGGGUGGCCCAACUGUCGCUGCGGGCGGGAGCGGCGCCAUGCAGGAUCCCAAUGAAGAUACAGAAUGGAAUGAUAUAUUAAGAGAUUUUGGGAUUCUGCCUCCAAAAGUUGAGCCAAAAGAUGAAACCGAAGAAAUGGCUUUGCGCUUACAGAAAGAAGCAGAAGUGAAACCAUAUGAAAGCAUGACUCUAAAUGAAUUAGAGGAAGCUGAAGAUGAGUUUGAUGAAGAUGAUAUGAAAGCUGUUGAAAAAUAUAGGCAACAGCGCUUACAAGAAUGGAAAUCUCUUCAGAAAAGACAAAAAUAUGGGGAGCUGAGAGAAAUUUCUGGAGACCAGUACAUUAAAGAAGUUACAAAUGCUCCAAAGGAUGUGUGGGUUAUAAUUCAUCUGUAUAGAUCAAGCAUACCCAUGUGUGUACUGGUUAACCAACACCUCAACCUGCUAGCCAGAAAGUUUCCAGAAACCAAGUUUGUGAAAGCUAUUGUGAACAGUUGUAUACAAAACUACCAUGACAGCUGUCUACCCACAAUAUUUGUAUACAAAAAUGGUCAGAUAAAAGGCAGACUUAUUGGAGUUACUGAAUGUGGAGGAACAAAUCUUAAACUAGAAGAACUUGAAUGGAAGUUAGCAGAAUCUGGAGCAAUUAAAACUGACUUAGAAGAAGACCCAAAGAAGGAUAUUAUUAAUAUGAUGAUAUCUUCUAUUAGAAGCACCUCUGCUCAUGAAGACACCAGUAGUACAGGAAGUAAUACUGAUGAGACCAAGUGUUUCUUAAGUAGAAUGUUUUAAUGUAAGGAGUCUGCGCAGAUGUUUUUGUGUUGGUCAAAUAAAUAUUACUGAUUUAAUA